AGAAGAGAAACAUGUUUGUCAACCGCCAAUAAAAUUUCAAGAAGAAGAAGAGAAACAUGUAUUUUGUGCUUAAUGGCAGUUCCGAACAGUAAUUCAGUUCAGUUCCAAACUGUCCUCAUUUCGUAGAAGCCCAUCCGAGUAAAACACUUGACUCUCUGUGUACUAUGUUUAAGAGGAUGGCUGAAUUUGGCCCAGAUUCGGGGGGUCGGGUGAAGGGAGUGACUAUCGUGAAACCUAUCGUGUUCGGAAACGUUGCACGAUAUUUUGGCAAGAAAAGAGAAGACGAUGGUCACACUCAUCAGUGGACAGUUUAUGUGAAGCCCUACAGAAAUGAGGAUAUGUCUGCUUAUGUCAAAAAAAUACAAUUCAAACUGCAUGAAAGUUACGGGAACCCUUUAAGAGUGGUUACAAAGCCUCCGUAUGAGAUUACUGAGACUGGAUGGGGAGAGUUUGAGAUCAUCAUAAAGAUCUUCUUCAUCGAUCCAAAUGAGAGACCGGUCACGCUGUAUCAUCUGCUGAAGCUCUUCCAGUCAGACUCCAGCGCCAUGCCGAAGAAGACCGUCGUGUCCGAGUUCUACGACGAGAUGAUAUUUCAAGACCCUACAGCCAUGAUGCAACAGCUCCUGAACACCACCAGACAGCUGACGUUAGGUGCCUACAAACACGAGACCGAGUUUGCAGAGCUGGAGUUAAGAACACGAGAAAAAGUGGAAGCGGCGAAGAAGAAGACGAGCCUGGAGAUCUCAGAGCUGAAGGAGCGACUGAAAGCCUCCAGAGAAAACAUCAACUUCCUGAAGGGAGAGAUACGCAGACUGGAGGAGGAGGACCAGAUGAAGGAUCACUGAGGACUUCAGCAUCAUCAGACGGCUGUCCUGUAGCGGGACGGUCAACACAAACACGCGGGAUUUAGUGGACUGAUCAAAUCACGUUUCUGGUUGUUGUCCAGAUCAUCAAAAUAUGUGCAAAUACGAACCUUUGUAGUUCUCACUGACUUUUGUAUGAAUACAUUUUUUUUUCUUUUUUACAAAUAUCGUCUGAUUACUGUCCAGUUUUAUUUAAACAUUUUUUUUUUAUUAAAAUAUUUAGUUUCAAGCAGCUUUAC